CUGCUGUCAAUCCAGUGUGGGGCGGAGGACGCGAGCCUACCCGACACAGCACCGGAGACACCGGAGCAGAAGUUGAUCGGAGGAGCCUUUUAUCCUCUCCAGCUUGCUUUGGAUUGCUCUUACUUUACGCAGGCUUUCACACCGCUUGCAGAGUCCUCUGUGCGAUAAUGCCGGACACUAAAAAAUACAUCGAGAAUCUCUCUGGAGCGGGGAAGUGCAUCGGCGUCCUGACGAGCGGAGGAGAUGCUCAAGGUAUGAAUGCUGCUGUGAGGGCAGUGGUCAGAAUGGGAAUCUAUGUAGGAGCAAAGGUUUAUUUUAUCCAUGAGGGCUACCAGGGCAUGGUGGAUGGAGGCGAUAACAUCAAGGAGGCAUCAUGGGAAAGUGUUUCCAGUAUGUUACAAGUGGGUGGCACAGUGAUCGGCAGUGCCCGAUGUAAGGAUUUCCGCACACACGAGGGGCGUUUGUGUGCCGCCCUGAACCUGGUUCAACGUGGUAUCACCAACCUGUGUGUGAUUGGUGGAGACGGCAGUUUGACCGGUGCUAAUCUCUUCAGGGAGGAGUGGAGCGGACUGCUGGAUGAGCUUGUCCAAUCAGGUCAGAUCAGCGAGGAUGCUGCCCAAACUCAUUCUGCCCUGCAUAUCGUCGGGAUGGUGGGCUCUAUAGAUAAUGAUUUCUGUGGGACAGAUAUGACCAUUGGCACUGACUCAGCACUGCACAGGAUCAUAGAGGUGGUGGACGCUAUUAUGACCACAGCGCAGAGCCAUCAGAGGACCUUUGUGCUGGAGGUUAUGGGGAGACACUGUGGGUAUCUAGCAUUAGUCAGUGCUCUUGCGUGUGGUGCUGACUGGGUGCUGAUUCCAGAACGGCCUCCUAAAGACGGCUGGGAGGAACAGAUGUGUCAGAAACUAUCAGAGAAUCGUGCUGAUAAGAAACGGCUUAAUAUCAUCAUAGUAGCUGAAGGUGCGAUAGACCAAAACAACAAGCCCAUAACCACAGACCAUAUAAAGGACCUGGUCGUGAGCCGGUUGGGGUUUGACACUCGGGUCACCAUUCUGGGCCACGUCCAGAGAGGAGGAACCCCCUCUGCCUUUGACCGGAUUCUGGCCAGUCGCAUGGGAGUGGAGGCCGUUUUGGCUCUUCUCGAAGCGUCUCCUGGUACUCCAGCAUGUGUGGUGUCUCUGUGUGGAAAUCAGGCGGUCAGGGUCCCUCUGAUGGAGUGCGUUCAGAUGACUCAGGAGGUUCAAAAGGCCAUGGAUGAAAAGAGAUUCGAAGAAGCCGUGAAGCUGCGUGGCAGAAGUUUCGAAAACAACCUGAACACCUACAAACUCUUGUCUCACCGCAAAAUUGACACAGAGCUUCCACAUGAUGGCCAGUGUCGUAGUUCGUUUAAUGUGGCCGUGUUGAAUGUUGGCGCUCCUGCGGCUGGUAUGAAUGCUGCCGUGCGCUCAGCAGUUAGAGUCGGCAUCACUGAAGGACACACCAUGUUUGCUGUGAGCGACGGGUUUGAGGGCUUCUACAAAGGACAGAUAAAAGAAAUCAAGUGGGGGGAUGUUGGGGGCUGGACGGGGCAGGGCGGGUCCCUGCUAGGAACAAAACGAACCCUCCCAGCAAAACAUGUGGAUAAAAUUGCAGAGCAGAUGAGGAUUCACAACAUAAACGCUUUACUGGUUAUUGGGGGAUUUGAGGCGUUUGAGAGUUUGCUGCAGCUGGUGGACGCCCGCAGCAGGUAUGAGGAGUUCUGCGUGCCCCUGUGCAUGCUGCCCGCCACCAUCAGUAAUAAUGUGUCCGGCACUGACCUCAGCAUCGGCGCUGACACCUCACUCAAUGCCAUAGUGGAGACGUGUGACCGUAUAAAGCAGUCGGCCAGCGGGACGAAGCGUCGCGUGUUCAUUAUCGAGACCAUGGGGGGUUAUUGUGGAUAUCUGGCAACCGUAGGUGGUCUUGCAGCUGGAGCUGAUGCUGCGUACAUCUACGAGGAGCCGUUUGACAUCCGAGACCUGCAGUCUAACGUCGAGCAUUUAACAGAGAAGAUGAAGACCAGCAUCCAGAGAGGACUAGUGCUCAGGAAUGAGAACAGCAAUGAGAACUACACCACUGACUUCAUCUAUCAGCUGUACUCUGAAGAGGGUAAAGGAGUGUUUGACUGCAGGAAGAAUGUCCUGGGACACAUGCAGCAGGGUGGCGCUCCUUCACCAUUUGACAGGAACUUUGGCACGAAGAUCGCAGCUAAAGCCAUGCAAUGGAUCUCCAAGAAGCUCAAAGAGUUUUACAGAGACGAUGAAGGCCGUGUGUUUGCGAACACUGAAGACUCUGCAUGUUUGCUGGGGAUGCGGCGCAGGGCUCUGCUCUUCCAGCCUGUUGUUCAGCUCAAAGACGAGACAGAUUUUGUUCACAGAAUCCCGAAGGAGCAGUGGUGGCUCCGUCUGCGGCCGCUCAUGAAGAUUCUGGCCAAAUACAAAACCAGCUACGACGUGUCGGAUUCAGGCCAGCUGGAGCACAUCGUCCGGCUCCGAGCUAAAGACAGCUCCGCCAUUUAACACCUCAAGAUCAGAGGACUCGACCUGUAGAACACAUAAUCAUAUACGGUACAUGCGAAGCAGUUGAUGUUAGACAUUCAGCCACAAAAUAUAUUUAUGUGUUGUGAUUGACAGUCCAUCGAUUAGCUAAUCAUCCCUUUUAAAUGAGGCCAUGUGGUAUCUUUUGUGAAUAUGCAAGAUAUUCCUAUUUAUUUUUAUUCUACUAGAGCUUAUUUUCAGAGAUCUCUGAAUGAUUUUUGUGCUACUCACUGGCUUAAAGUAGCACAAUUCCACUGUCUUAUUUUAUUUUCAUUUUUUACAGUCACUAGAACACAUUUCUCAAUACUUACUGUGACUCACUUCAUAAAGCAUUUUGCACAGCGGUUUUACUGCACAGGGGUGUGCAAUAUUUAUAGUCUAUGAUAAAAAGAUAGCUAAAAACAGGGUAUUCAGACCUUUUCCAGUCUCAAAUUGAAGCACUUUUCCAGAAGUAAAUGACAUAUGAGGGCGCUUCCUCAUCAGAUGCUGUUUAUUUUAAACUUUAUAAACGUACAUCAGGCUAUUAUUAUAUAUUAAUUUAAUCACUAUUUAAAAUGUUGAAUAUAUGAAACAAUACAUAAUUAAAUAUAAUUUAAAUUAAAACAAAAACCAAGGUUUUUUUAUUCCGAUUUGUUCAAAAUGGCAUUUAUGAAAACAACACAAUUACAUUAUGAAAACAACAGAACUCAGUUCUAAAGCAGUUUCGAGCACUUUAUCCAAAAUCUGAGCACUUUUUAAACCUUACAAAAAAUAUAGCUAUUCAAAUUCAAUUGUUAAGUUUUUCCAGCACUUGUACAAACCCUGUUCCAAUUUUACAGUAUGUGAUUUUGUUAUUUGUAGGAUCAGAUGCGGUUUAGAAAUAAUGCAUAUGCAAGUGUUGUUUUUUCAAAUUCUGUUAAACUUUUAUGUUUUAAUAACCUUUUCAUUUGUUUCUCCAAGGAAAAUCGAAAAAGCAUUUGACAGGAAUACGGAUGCUUCCUUCUGAAGAAAUCUGUUUGAUCAAAUCAUGAUUCAGUGAUUCGAUUGAACCAUUUAAAGGGCACCUAUGAUGAAAAUCAUCUUUUGUAAGAUGUUGGGACAGAAUUGUGUGUAGGUAUAGUGUGUCCAGUCAUAUUGGAGUGAUAAAAGCACAAGUAAAAAUGUUAAAUUUUAACGUUAAAACAAGACCCAAAUCCCAGUGAGAUUGAGGCCCACCGCAACUUGACAUAGAAGUGCAGUUUUCCCCGCCCACCAAAUUGAUUGACAGACGGCAUGUUUCUAUAAUAAUGCAUACAUGUCCACAGAACAAAUUAUUUUUGCAAAUAAACUGAGAUUAAAAUAUCUGUUACAACUCUCGUGUUUUACAAGUUUAAAACGUUUCUAAAACAGCAUGUUUGUUAUAAAGACAGUAAAAAAGCUAUCUAAUUCUUAACCGCUAUAAUCUCCAAGGCCGCAUGGUGUCAGUAAACGCUAAUAUACUGUAUGUGUGUACUGCAAAUGGCACUUGUGUGAGACUCAUUAUUUCAGAAGGGCUUAAAUAAACUCCACCACUAAUACAUGACAUAAACUUGGUAUUUUUGACUAAUGAGCUGUAUUUCAGCUGCAUCCGAGUCUGUAAAUCAUGCUGUUUAUCUGACGUAACGCAUGAUGAGAAGCAGAGACAUGCACGUGGGCACGGUGGGCGGGAAGAAGCAGCUCAUUUGCAUUUAAAGCCACAGGCUACAAAAACAGCUACACUGAACACAAAGCGAGCUCCAAAUGAGCAGAUUCUGGAGGCUAUAAUAAUCUGCUGGGUGUUUUGAGCUGAAACUUUACAGACACAUUCAGGAGACACCAAAGGUAUAUCUUACAAGUAAAAGGGGUAAAAAAGGUGCCCUUUAAAUGAAUGAUUCAAUUAAACGUUUAUUAAGACAUGCACUUACUGCCACCUGCUGGUGAUUUAUGUAUCUAUGACAGGCCUGAAUGAUUCAACAGGCGACUCUUUUAAAAAAAUUGAAGGAUGUAUUGAGAAAUUGGUCCUAGCGAUUGUUAAAACUCAAGCUAAGGUAGCGUCUGAAUAGAAUAUUCAAGCUGCUAUUCCGUGUUGUAUGUUAAUGCAGGCACUUUGUACCAAAGCAGAUGUUGUGUUAAUAUGUGUGUGUUCAUCUUGAUGUGCAUGAGCUAACAAUGCUGCAUAAACUCCCUUUAGAAUGUAA